UGUCUCCUGCGCUGGCUCCCACCCGCCAGCCCAGCGGCCAGGCCCGGGCUGGAGCGGCUUUCGGCCCGGCGAAGCCGGGUUUGGCCUCCUUUGGCUGGCGGGCGGAAUGGAGGGUGCGACGUGAAACCCCGAGCUGUCCUGAGGCCGGCGGGGCCGGAGGUGGGGAAACGAGGCUUGUUAAUUAAGGGUGCGGAGAGCCGCAGGGCCUCGGAGGCUCGGCGGCGCUGACUGUUGGAAGGCAGAGAGGAGGCUGGCGCGGAGCUAGUCUUUCCCCGGCCUUGGUGGGGCGGGCCGCCCGCCUCAGCGCUCCCCGGCCAGGCUCUCGAAGUUCGGGAGGCCAGGCCUACCGCUGCCGCCGCCACCUCCGUGGCGCGCUCUGUGCAAACUCGGCCUCCUUUUCUCAGUCCAGCGCUUCGGCCUCGCACCUGCCAGAUCAACGCCCAGGGCCACGGUGGGCCGAGGUGGCCGCGGGGAUGAAGGGAGAGACCUGACAGCAAAAAACUGUGCUCAGAAAAAGCAAAAGUAUUUUCUAGACUGAUUGUUACGAAAACUAAAGGCAUGGUGUAGAACUGGCAGUCCAGAGGCACAGAAGUUACAAUUUUAGAUCAGAAAGCAUAAGUAAGACUACAGAGGACCGUCAAUGAAAAUCUCAUAUUGAUUGCUAGUUCACUGAAAUAGAUUCAAAGGCAUGUACUGGCAUUGAAAACAUUGAUGAAGCUAUUACACUGCUUGAACAAAAUAAUUGGGACUUAGUGGCAGCUAUUAAUGGUGUAAUACCCCAGGAAAAUGGCAUUCUGCAAAGUGACUAUGGAGGUGAGACUAUAUCAGGACCUGCAUUUGAUCCAGCAAGUCACCCAGCUCCAGCUCCUGCUCCCUCUUCCUCUUCAGCAUUUCGACCUGUAAUGCCAUCUAGGCAAAUUGUAGAAAGGCAACCACGGAUGCUGGACUUCAGGGUUGAGUACAGAGACAGAAAUGUUGAUGUGGUACUGGAAGACAGCUGUACUGUUGGAGAAAUUAAACAGAUUUUAGAAAGUGAACUUCAGAUACCUAUGUCUAAAAUGCUAUUAAAAGGCUGGAAGACUGGAGACGUGGAAGACAGUACCGUCUUAAAAUCACUACACUUGCCAAAAAACAACAGUCUUUAUGUCCUUACACCAGAUUUACCACCACCUUCAUCGUCUAGUCAUGCUGGUGCCCUGCAGGAGUCAUUAAAUCAAAACUUCAUGCUGAUCAUCACCCACCGAGAAGUCCAGCGGGAGUACAACCUGAACUUCUCAGGAAGCAGUACCAUUCAAGAGGUAAAGAGAAAUGUGUAUGACCUCACGAGUAUCCCUGUUCGCCAUCAGUUAUGGGAGGGCUGGCCAACUUCUGCCACAGAUGACUCCAUGUGUCUUGCUGAAUCAGGGCUCUCUUAUCCCUGCCAUCGACUUACAGUGGGAAGAAGAUCUUCACCUGCACAGACCCGGGAGCAAUCUGAAGAGCAAAGCACCGAUGUUCAUAUGGUUAGUGAUAGUGAUGGAGAUGACUUUGAAGAUGCUUCCGAAUUUGGGGUGGAUGAUGGAGAAGUAUUCGGCAUGGCGUCAUCUGCCCUGAGAAAAUCUCCAAUGAUGCCAGAAAACGCAGAAAAUGAAGGAGAUGCCUUAUUACAAUUUACAGCAGAGUUUUCUUCAAGAUAUGGUGACUGCCAUCCUGUAUUUUUUAUUGGCUCAUUAGAAGCAGCUUUUCAAGAGGCCUUCUAUGUGAAAGCCCGAGAUAGAAAGCUUCUUGCUAUCUACCUCCACCAUGAUGAAAGUGUAUUAACCAACGUGUUCUGCUCACAAAUGCUUUGUGCUGAAUCUAUUGUCUCUUAUCUGAGUCAAAAUUUUAUAACCUGGGCUUGGGAUCUGACAAAGGAUGCCAACAGAGCAAGAUUUCUGACAAUGUGCAAUAGACACUUUGGCAGUGUUGUUGCCCAAACCAUUCGGACUCAAAAAACAGAUCAGUUUCCACUUUUUCUGAUUAUUAUGGGAAAGCGAUCAUCUAAUGAAGUGUUAAAUGUGAUACAAGGUAACACAACAGUGGAUGAGUUAAUGAUGAGACUCAUGGCUGCAAUGGAGAUCUUCACAGCCCAACAACAGGAAGAUAUAAAGGAUGAGGAUGAACGAGAAGCCAGAGAAAAUGUGAAGAGAGAACAAGAUGAGGCCUAUCGCCUUUCACUUGAGGCUGACAGAGCAAAGAGGGAAGCUCAUGAGAGAGAGAUGGCAGAACAGUUUCGUUUGGAACAGAUUCGAAAAGAACAAGAAGAAGAACGUGAGGCCAUCAGGCUCUCCUUAGAGCAGGCCUUGCCUCCUGAGCCAAAGGAAGAAAAUGCUGAGCCUGUGAGCAAACUGCGGAUCCGGACCCCAAGCGGCGAGUUCCUCGAGCGGCGUUUCCUAGCCAGCAAUAAGCUCCAGAUCGUCUUUGAUUUCGUAGCUUCCAAAGGAUUUCCAUGGGAUGAAUUCAAGUUACUGAGUACCUUUCCUAGGAGAGAUGUAACCCAGCUGGACCCAAAUAAGUCAUUAUUGGAGGUAAAGUUGUUCCCUCAAGAAACCCUUUUCCUUGAAGCAAAAGAGUGAACAUGGCUCAGCGGUGGAACCAGCCAUUCCUUGACAAGCCAGAGGCCUGCAUCAAGAGGAGGGCUCCUCAUCAACCCAUUUACACGCUCGUCUCACUCAACUCAAUGUCACACUUCUGCCUCUUGCAAGAUUGCUGGAAAAAAGUAAUAAUAAACAUAGCUACUUAAAAUUUC